CAAGAAACAGUAAGAUACUCUUUGUCGAAAAAAUACGCAUAGCAACGGGGAUCAUGAGCUUGCUAUUGUCGCUUGUCGCCGCCCUCGUCAUCUCCACGGUGAGCGCUGGCGACGAUGCGGCGCUGCUUGCUUUCAAAGCCCAGCUCAACCACGAUGCGGUGGCCUCCUGGAACAGCAGCGCCCACUUCUGCAGCUGGGAGGGCGUGACGUGCAGCCACCGGCAUCCAGCGCGAGUGGUGGCGCUGAGCCUGUACGGCAGCGCGCUCACCGGAGCGCUUUCCCCGGCCAUCGGGAACCUCACGUUCCUGCGGACGUUGAACCUCAGCACCAACAGGCUCCACGGUGAGAUUCCGGCGAGCGUGGGACGCCUACGCCGCCUGCGGAUACUCGAGCUAACCAACAACUCUUUCUCCGGCACUUUACCGGUAAACCUGAGCUUCUGCAUCAACAUGACCGUCCUUUAUCUGGACAACAACAACCUUGGUGGGGAAAUCCCAGCCGAGCUCGGCGAAAGGCUGACGUCCCUCAAGGCGAUCUCGCUAAUGAACAACAGAUUCACAGGACUCAUCCCGGCAUCACUGGCCAACCUAUCCGAUCUACGAUACCUCGAGUUCUCCACGAACCAACUUGUUGGCUCAAUCCCACCACGGCUCGGCAGUAUGCAGAGCAUACGGUACUUCUCUCUCCCCUAUAACAACCUUUCUGGUAUGCUCCCACCCUCCCUCUACAACUUGUCGUCGCUGGCGUACAUUGACUUGAGCGCAAACAUGUUGUAUGGAAGUAUUCCAGAUGACAUCGGCAGCAAGUUCCCCAUUAUGCAAGUUCUUAGCUUGGGUUUUAACCAGUUCACUGGAACCAUCCCUUCAUCGCUAUCCAAUCUAUCUCAGUUAACAGAAGUUCUUCUCGGUGUCAAUAGAUUUAACGGGUAUGUCCCUCCCACUUUGGGGACGCUGCAAUCUGUCAAGUAUCUGGAGUUGUCUGGCAAUAGACUUGGCGGAUAUGUGCCGUCCACUUUGGGGAGGCUGAAAGCUCUCCAGGGUCUACAUCUCGCUGAAAAUAGCUUUGAAGCGAAUGACAAACAGGGAUGGGAAUUCAUCACUUCUUUGGCAAACUGCACCCAGUUGUCGGUCUUGAUUCUCUCCGAAAACUUGUUCAGUGGACAGCUACCAGGUUCAGUUGUGAACCUCUCAACAACUCUCCAGAAGUUAAUCUUGGAUACAAAUAGGAUCUCUGGGAGUAUCCCUGAAGUAAUUGGUAAUUUGGUAGGUCUUAGCAUGCUUUACAUAGCAAACAAUAGCAUAUCUGGGCUAAUUCCGGAAAGCAUUGGCAAGCUGGAAAACUUGGUUGAGCUAUACAUAUACAAUAAUAGCUUGUCUGGUGUCAUACCGUCGUCUCUAGGAAACCUUUCACAGUUGAAUAGGUUUUAUGCAUACUAUAACAACUUGGAGGGGCCAAUUCCAGCAAGCUUAGGCAAGUUGGGAACACUUUUUGCACUUGAUUUGUCAAGUAACCACCGACUUAAUGGCUCCAUUCCGAGGGAGAUUUUAGAGUUGCCUUCCCUUUCAUGGUAUUUGGACUUAUCAUACAAUUCCCUCUCUGGACCCCUUCCUACUGAAGUUGGUAGCUUGUCAAACCUUAACCACCUGAUUCUAUCAGGAAAUCAGUUGUCGGGCAAGGUACCCGACAGUAUACAGAAUUGCGUAGUGUUGGAUGUGCUCUUGUUAGACAAUAACUCGUUUGAGGGAAGUAUACCUAAAUCACUGAAGAAUAUGAAAGGGCUCCAGUUACUGAAUCUGACCAUGAACAAGUUCUCUGGUAACAUUCCUGAUGCCCUUGGUAGUAUUGGCCACCUGCAGCAACUGUAUCUAGCACAUAACAACUUGUCAGGGCGGAUCCCCACCGCGUUACAGAAUUUGACAUUUUUGUGGGAUUUGGAUCUAUCCUAUAAUGAUUUGCAAGGUGAAGUGCCAAAAGGGGGUGUUUUCAAAUACCUGCAUGCUGCAUCAGUUACUGGAAAUACACAAUUGUGUGGAGGAGUACCCCAGAUUCACUUGGUUCCUUGCUCCACACAUACUUUAAAAGGUAGCGAAAAACAUAAGUCGAACUCUCUGCUGAUUUCUCUACCAGGAAUAGGAGCAAUUUUGUUCCUUGUUUUGGUCACUGUUAUUAUUUGGAAUCUCAAACAAAGGCGAAAGAUUCAAGCUCCACCAACAAGUACUGAAGAACAAUUUCCAAGAGUUUCUUAUCAGGCAUUGUUCAGAGGAACUGAUGGGUUUUCAGAAUCUAACUUGCUUGGCAAAGGAAGAUAUGGUGAAGUUUACAAAUGCAUUUUACAUGAUAACGAUACACCCGUGGCUGUAAAAGUAUUUAACCUUCAGCAGUCAGGAUCUUCUAAGAGUUUCGAAGCUGAAUGUGAGUCGCUGAGAAGGGUACGUCACCGUCAUCUCAUAAAGAUUAUCACGUGCUGCUCAAGCAUCGAUCCCCAAGGCCAAGACUUCAAGGCAUUGGUUCUGGACCUCAUGCCCAACGGUAGCUUGGAUGGUUGGCUUCAUCCAAAAGACAACAUUUGCACUCUCAACAAUACUCUGAGCCUAGCUCAAAGGCUAGAUAUUGCUGUCCAAGUUGUAGAUGCUUUGGAAUAUCUUCAUAAUCACUCCCAGCAGCCAAUUGUUCAUUGCGAUGUCAAGCCAGGCAACAUCCUUCUUGGAGAAGACAUGAGUGCCCGAGUUGGAGACUUUGGUAUAUCAAGGAUCCUCCCUGUAAUUGGAAGCACAACCUGGCAAAAUUCAAAUAGCACAAUUGGGAUAAGAGGCUCCAUUGGCUAUGUUGCUCCAGAGUACGGCGAAGGUUCUCCAAUCUCAACUCUUGGUGAUGUUUAUAGCCUUGGGAUAUUGCUGCUUGAGAUGGUAACAGGUAGAAGCCCAACGGAUGAUAUGUUCAGAGAUUCAAAAGAUCUUCACAAGUUUACAGAGGCUGCUCUCCCUGACAGAAUCCUGGAGAUAGCUGAUCCAACAAUAUGGCUGCACAAUGACAUCAAUGAUAACACUACAAGAAGAAGGAUUCAGGAAUGUUUGAUCUGUGUCAUUAGGGUCGGCUUAUCCUGCUCAAAGCAGCAACCUAGAGAGCGAAUGCUGAUACGGGAUGUAGUCGCGGAGAUGCACGCAAUAAGAGAUGCAAACCUGAGGUUUAUCGGUUCUCUUGCUGUGGGACAUGGAGAAAGAGAAGUCAACACGCUGCAGCGAUCUGCACCGACAAUUAGCAAUUAGAGUUGAAGAACUGGCAUGAAUAGUAUAGGCUGUAGAUAUCAGUUAACACGAAUAACUGAAUCUGUCAAUAUGCCCAUACUAUGAUACUAAAAACCCUUCUUGUAGCACUAGAUAUUGUUUGUUUCAGUUCUUUUUUUUUGUUUGCGAAUGGAUUUGUAUUACUCAAAGAUAUCAAGGAUUACAAUCUGUAUGGCAUAGACUUGUUAACCCCUCAGAGGAAAGCCAUACUGCCGUACAAGUAUGAUAUAGGCAACUAUAUAUAGACUCUUUGAUGAGUGUGCGCACUAGCACAAUGA